AUGAUUUACCAGCCAUCUCAUUCUCCAGAAAGUAAUUUAAAUAAAUCAAUCUCUCCUGAGUCUUCAAUAUCAAUUCAUGUGCAAAAUAAUUCUAAAACAUUAGAUCAUAAAAAUGUUUUUAAUUCUCGAUCACCAUUUAUCUUUUCAACAUCAUUACAGAAGAAUGAUAAUAAGAAUGUAGAAGAAAAAAGUACAAAUAAUACAUCAAAGUACCUUUAUUCGAAGACGGAUUGUUUUGAUUGUAUGGAUAUUUUUGAUUUUGAACAUGAUCAACAACAAUUAGAUAUAGGUUAUAAUAACUCAGAACAGGGAUCUUCAAAUGAUUUAAAAGCACAGAGGGAUGCAGCAAUGGGAGAAUUAGAUACACUGUUAAGUCAAAUUGAUAGCGUUUUUGGAAUUAUAAAAAAAGCCAUUUGUUAA